CAAGCGAAACAACAACAAAAACAACAACAAGGCAAAAAAUGAAGUCUGUCAUUCUAUAUCCUUAUGGACCGUUAACCGGUGGCACACGCUGCUGUCGCAUGUUGCAUGCCAAAAAUUUGGCCAUAACAAGUGCAAUUUACACAAUUAAUAUAUCACUCUUAAUUGUCUUGAUCUACUCGUGGCGCAUCAAUGUCAACAUGCAUAAAUCCGCCGACCUACAGGAUGUCUACUAUGGUGUACAAAUUGCAUAUUUUGCCAUAAUUGGCACACAAAUGUCCAUGAUAUUGCUGAGCAUUGUGUUGAUAUUUGGCAUAUGCCGGGAAAACCCCGGCCUAAUUGUACCCUGGAUAAUUGGUUAUAUAACAUUUAUGGCCUUGGAAGCUGUCGCCAUGGUUUACUCAAAUGUUUUGCGUGAUCAUGUAAAUAAGCAAUUCGAUGCCUUGUGCAAGGCAGAGGUGGCAUUUUUCAUAGCACGAGCUUUUAUAAAUGUACUUGCCAUGUGGGGUGUCCUGCGAUUUUAUAAUCUGGUGAGAUCUGGCAUCACUUGGCGGGGACCGGAGGCCAAGACGGCCAUAUUUGCACCCAUGUACAAGAGUGUCAGCACGUCCCGGUCGCAUUCCAAACGCCGUUCCAGGCACCGCUACAAUGCCGAUAUGGAGAACAGCGGCUGCUGUGCCAUUUUCGACUUUGACUUUGACUACGACGACGAUGACGACGACGAUGAUGAUGAUGACGAUGAGGCAGCAUAUGGCGAUGGCAAUGAGACCGAGGAUGAUGUGGUUGGCUAUGACUAUGAUGACUAUUAUGAUUACUAUGACGAUGAGGAAAUGGCGGAACAGCAGCAGCUGGAACUUGAACAGCAGGAGCAGAGUGAUGAUGCCGAUUGUAGUAUGCUCGGCUCUGGCAUACCAUCCAAGACACGUUCGCGUCCACGGCCACGGGUCAAGGGCCAGCGGCGAGAUGGCGGGGGCAGGCGUACCAAUAAUAACAUACGCAGUGUCCUGAUCAAUAAGCGGCAUAAUAAAUACAAAAUCGCUCGUCCCCAAACCCAGCUGGAGGUCAUAAAUGAGUCGGAGCGCAGUGCUGGCAGCGGUAGCGAUGAAAAUGACUCACUGUUGGUUGCUUAUGACAGUAGUUCGUCGCUGGCGUCGGUUUGACAU